CAAACCAGUCCUACAAAUUUAACCUCUCUCUCGCCCAGCGCUUUCCCUGCUUUUCACAGCUCUUCCAAAUCAUUAUAACUCUUCGCCCCUCCCUCGAUCGCGCCGAGACCGAGACCCUCUCUCUCCCCACCCCUCCAUCGCUCUCACCUCCCCUCCCCACUCGAUCUUGUAUUACCUUGUGAUUCGGCUUUCUGAUCCUUAAAACUUUCUUCCUCUUCCUAACCCUAACUUUCCGAGUCGAAAUCGGAGCAGCGGCAUCAAAGCACCUUUAGAUUAGAUUGGCUUUUAGCUAUUAUUUUACACACGAGAGAGAGGGAGAGAGAGAGAUAGAGAGGUGUUACUGCAACAUUAAGGGGCUCCUAGUGGGUAGCUCUCAUCAGAAAAAAAGGAACCACAGUUGGAGCAUUUACUUCCAUUUCUUGCUGUAUUCAAAUCGCAUCAAAUUGAUUUCUGUCAUUGGUGAAGGCUGUUGCUGAGGAUGAAUAUGCAACAAACUGUACAACAUAAAUUAUCUGCUAAUGGUUUUGGCCGUCGAAGAGGUGAUAGAGAAGUAGGCACUAGGUUGGAGAAUAAGUUGCAGUCUGGGAAAUCAAAUCCCAGCAGAUCAACAAACGCGGGGGCAAUGACUGGUAGCAAACUUGGCAGCGGAGGUCCUUCACUUGACCGAAUGGUAUAUAUAACAACAUGUCUUAUUGGGCAUCAUGUGGAAGUCCAGGUUAAAGAUGGAUCUAUAUACACUGGAAUAUUUCAUUCAACAAACUCUGAAAAAGAUUUUGGAGUCAUCUUGAAAAUGGCACGCAUGAAAAAGGAUUGUUCUUUACAAGGGCUGAAGGCUACUGCAGAGUCUGUUAGCAAGGCUCCUUCAAAGACUUUAAUUAUACUUGCCAAGGAGCUUGUACAAGUUUCUGCAAAGGGGGUGUCUGUAACCAGGGAGGAGUUAUCGCACGAAGUCCAAGUUGAAAAACAGCAGGAGAUUAUGCUGGACUCCUCCAUAUCACAAUCUCGAUAUUUGGAGUCGGAUAGAGAACUUGAACCAUGGGUCCCUGAUAAAGAUUGCCCUCAACACCCUGAACUGGAAAGUAUAUUUGAUGGCCAUUGGAAUAGGGGUUGGGAUCAGUUUGAAACUAAUGAAACAUUAUUUGGAGUAAAAAGCACAUUUGAUGAGGAACUUUAUACCACAAAACUUGAGAGAGGUCCUAAGAUGGAGGAGCUGGAAAAGAAAGCUUUAAGAAUAGCACGAGAAAUUGAGGGCGAGGAAACUCAAGAUCUUCAUUUAGCAGAGGAGAGAGGCAUUUCCUUACCCAGAGAUUUUGAGAUUGAUGAGGAGACUAGAUUCUCUUCUGUCUAUAGGGGUAAGGGGGUUGAUGAUAGUGGGUAUGAGGAACAUGAGGCUAUAUUGAUAGAUUCAUGCAAUAAUGAGACCUUUGGCGGUUCUGGUUCUGACAUUAAGAGGUCCACUGAUUUGACUAUUGGGGAAAGCAGUGAUGGAGCUCAGACAUCUUCAAGCUUUUCCUUUAAGGAUCAAACUCAGUCUUCCCAAUCAAGUACUAGCUUGGAUUCAUGCCGCUCUGGUUCUUAUGAUCAUGCUAAACAAUUGGCCUCCGAACCUCCUUUUAAAAGCUUUACUUCUUCAGAUGGGGAAAACAGGAUCCAGGAGAAUCCAGUCAGUGAACAACAUGGAGGCAAUAAUAACGCCCAGGAGUUGGCAGAGAAGAAGACGCUAGCUGAUGAUGCUCAAUUUUCAAGGCCUGAGGAUUCACGGUCACUGCUGAAUGUGAAGAAAGAUGGCUCUGAUUUAGGAGGAUUGUCUCAUAAUGUCGCUUCUUAUGCUUCAUCAUCUGGUGUUCCAUCGAAGGGUCAUGAAAAGAUGAAUUCAUCUGGUGAACAGUCUGAGGGUGUAGGAUCUGUCAAAAUGCAUGGAGAAACAGAGUCUCUAAACUCUCGUGGACAACCUGGUGGUUCUACAUCCUCCAGUUCAGAUAGUGUACGUGGUGCCCCAGUUUUUAGUGGACCUGGUUUAUCACCAAGUUCAUCCAUGGGCUCAUUAUCUUCUGAAAAGUCAACACUCAAUCCUCAUGCUAAGGAGUUUAAGCUCAAUCCUAAUGCAAAGAGUUUCGUCCCAUCCCAGAUGCCUGUGAGGCCUCGGUCCCCUGUGUCUGAUGGUUCAUUCUAUUUUCCACCAAAUGUCUCUGCCGUACCACAUAUGCCUGGCAUGCAAAUGGGCAUUGGAAUUGGACACUCAUUUCCUGGGCACCAGCCUGUUGUAUUUAAUCCGCAGGUUCCAAUGCAAUCACCGCCAGCAUUUUAUCAUGCUAAUGGCCCUCAGUAUGGGCCACAGAUGCUUGUUGGCCACCCUAGGCAAGUCGUGUACUACCAACCUGAAAUGCCUUACAAAGGCCGAGAUUUUUAGGUGAUUGGCUGACCAUAGACAUAGCCGGGAGGGGGUUUGAGAGGAGUUGAUUACUCUUUGUAGUCAUUCAUAGCUCAACAGUGCUUGAAUUUUGGCUGACAUGUGAACCUCCAAAUCUUUUCCCUUUUCUUCUUCAUACUUCGUUGGGGUCACAACUGAUGGUGUAGGGCUGGCGCUCAACUAUGUUGUUUUGACGACACUGAAGGUUUUUUUACGUUUUUUCUUUUUAAAGAUCCUCUAAUUCAUGACUGCGCUUGUCAGUGAAGAAUGGUUGUCUAUUGACAUUUUUUCCUUUCAAUUCAAUGCCAAAAAUAAUUAUUGUUUA